AUGUGCCGUUCCAAUAUUGACUUCAUGUUCUCUCCAAUUCGAACACCAUCAGCACCGCACCAUCAUUGCUGCGGCAUACAGCAUGGCAGCGCGGUGGAGCCACGAAGAACCUCGCAUCCCCCCCCUACCAUCACCUCACAUCCCCCCCCUACCAUCACCUCUCAUCCCCCCCCUACCAUCACCUCGCAUCCCCCCCCUACCAUCACCUCUCAUCCCCCCCCUACCAUCACCUCUCAUCCCCCCCCUACCAUCACCUCGCAUCCCCCCCCUACCAUCACCUCUCAUCCCCCCCCUACCAUCACCUCUCAUCCCCCCCCUACCAUCACCUCUCAUCCCCCCCCUACCAUCACCUCUCAUCCCCCCCCUACCAUCACUUCUCAUCCCCCCCCUACCAUCACCUCUCAUCGCCCCCCUAGCAUCACCUCUCAUCCCCCCCCUGCCAUCACCUCUCAUCCCCCCCCUACCAUCACCUCUCAUCCCCCCUCUGCCAUCACCUCUCAUUCCCCCCUGCCAUUACCUCCCUUCCCCUCUUGGCAUCUCCUCCCUUCCCCCCCUGCCAUCACCUCCCUUCCCCCUUUGCCAUCACCUCCCAUCCCUUCUUGCCAGCACCACUCAUUACCCCUCCGUCAUCACCUCUCAUUCCCUCCUUGCAUCACGCUCUGCGAUUUAGGAAUUCAUCCUUUCUUCCUCUCCCUCCUGUCAUAUCCCUUGUCUCCCCACUCUUUCUUUCCCUCCUUUCCUAUUCCCAACAUCCGCCGCCACUCCAUUCAGCUCUUACAAUGCCUACUGCCUGCUAUCACCCACUUCCCUCUCCAUCCCCCACUCCCCCUCCUCUCCUCGCCCACAUCUCUCCCUUUCCCUUCCUCCCCACCCCCCACCACUCCAACCCUCACGCCACCCUCGCUCCCCUCGUUUCCCCCUUUCUACCCCCUCCCUCACCCCUUGCACGGGGAGAGCUAG